UCUCUCUUUCCCUUUCUCUCUCUCUCUCUCCCUGUGUCGCUUAAACAACAGUCCUAACUUUUGUGUGUUGCAAAUAUAAAAGGCAAGCCAUGUGACAGAGGGACAGAAGAACAAAAGCAUUUGGAAGUAACAGGACCUCUUUCUAGCUCUCAGAAAAGUCUGAAAAGAAAGGAGCCCUACGUUUCCCCUAAGCUGUGCAGCAGAUACAGUGAUGAUGGACUGCAAGUGCAAAGAGUAAGACAAAACUCUGGCAUGCAAAGGACAAUGACAACCAGAAAGCUUCAGCCAGAUCCUGCCCUUGGAAGGAACUGAAUCCUAGGAGGUGAAGGCAUUUCUCAUUUUUAGUCCUCUGCCUCCCUCUGCUGUUAUUCUUGAGUAGUUUUUCCUUACAACAAUGAGAAAUCAUGUACUAGCUGCAUCCUUUUCUAUGCUCUCCCUGCUGGCACUAAUGGGAGAUACAGACAGCAAAACGGAUACCUCCUUCAUGAUGGACUCAGAUCCUCGACGCUGCAUGAGGCACCACUAUGUCGAUUCUAUUAGUCACCCACUAUACAAGUGUAACUCAAAGAUGGUGCUUCUCGCCAGGUGUGAGGGGCACUGCAGCCAGGCAUCACGGUCCGAGCCCUUGGUGUCCUUCAGCACUGUCCUCAAGCAGCCCUUCCGAUCUUCCUGUCACUGCUGUCGGCCCCAGACCUCCAAGCUGAAAGCAUUGAGGCUGCGCUGUUCAGGGGGCAUCAGACUCACGGCCACCUACCGGUACAUCCUCUCCUGUCACUGUGAGGAAUGUGGUUCCUGAGAUCUGCUUUUGAGCGGCUUCUGGAUGAGACAACCUCCAGCCUCUGAUCAAGGCAGCUCAAUCAGCCAAUCAGACUGGCAAGAAAAGAGUUAAGGCAAAAAAAAAAAAAAAAGCGCAGCAAUUCCCACAGGAUUCUGCAUAUUCUAGUAAUAGACUCUACAUGCUUGUUGACAGAGAGAGAUACUCUGGGAACUUAUUGUCCAUUCCUGUCUCCUUUCCCUAGUACAAUAUCUUUUGCUUCCUUUUCAUAUUCAGGCAUUUUCCCUCUUGGCACUGAAUGUUGUUUGGGUUUCUAACAAUUCAGCAUUAGUGGGAAAAGUGGGCCCCCAGGCAAGAGUGGGUCAGGCUGUCACUGUUUGGUGCAGAUUAGGGAAGCAUUUGCUUUGAAAAGAGUGACAGCACAAUUCUUUCUGGGACAUCAUCUGGUUUUGUUUAUCUUGUCAUUUGAUCUAAAGUUGCCAUUGCUGCUAAAGGUUCCCGAUUCGGAAUUCCAGGCAUCAAGCAUGUGGAUAUGUUUAGUCAGGUAUACUCAUAGCCAGCUAACUGACUUUCAAAUAAUUAACAAACAGAUUUUCUUAUGUGAUGCUGGAACUCCUGAUAGCUGUAAUUAUAAUUCAGAAAUGACUUUUGGGAAGUAAAUGUGGCAUAAAGAAUCUGUAACCUGAAGGCUCUCUCAGAAAACUAUGGUAAAAUUUUGUAAGAGAUCAGACUUUUAAAGACCUGCACAAAUAUGGAUCCUGCACUGACUUUCAAAAAGGCAUAUACAUACUGGUGUCAUGGAGAAUGCACUAUACUCAUGCAUGCAAAUUAGACAACCAUGUAUGAAUCUAUUUGUGGGUGUGCUACAGCUUCAACCAUGUCAUGGGCAUUUUUCUUCAACAUCUACUUGUCCAUGUGAAGCAUGCUGCCAAAAUGGUGGCCUGGCUCAUCUUCUGAACAUUUGGUUUAAAUAUAUUUUGGUC